ACUUCUCCCGAGCGCGCGCUCUCCGGCCGGUGCCUACGGAACUCGAAUCUCCUUUAGAGCCCUCCUCUUGGCUUUCCAGCCCCCGCCCUCCGCCUCGAGCACUGCGCGCGCGCGCUCCCGGCCGGGGCCACCUCUAAAGCUAGAAGCUGCUUGCCCCACCCCCACCCUACCUCACCCCACCCACCCCUGGCGGCCUCAGGUUUGUGGGGCGUAAGUAACUCCGGCGGGGGUGUGAAGGUGGCAGGCUCCCACUAUCCCACCCUGUACGGGGUGAGGCGGUCUAAGCUCGGGAGGCUGGUACACGAUUAUCUUCCCUUCCCCGGGGGAAGUUGGUGGAGUUUUCCCGGCAGACGGUUCGGCGCAGAAACUUCCUCCGUCCCCCUCCCCCCCCUCCAUGCAGGCGACGCCGACUGAGGCUGAGGCUGGGGGCGAAUCGCCGCAGAGCUGCGUGACGGAGGUGCACUCUGAUUGGACAGCGGCAAAGCCUGUCAGUUUAUUGGCCCCGCUGAUCCCACCCCGUAGCGCCGGGCAGCCUUUAACCUUUGGCCCUAGCGGGCGCCAGCCACUCAGAUCGCUUCUUGUUGGUAUGUGUAGCGGCAGUGGCCGCCGGCGGAGCAGUCUGAGCCCGACGAUGAGGCCGGGGACGGGAGCCGAGCGUGGAGGCCUCAUGAUGGGGCAUCCUGGAAUGCAUUAUGCCCCAAUGGGAAUGCACCCUAUGGGUCAGAGAGCGAAUAUGCCUCCUGUACCUCACGGAAUGAUGCCACAAAUGAUGCCCCCUAUGGGAGGGCCACCAAUGGGACAAAUGCCUGGAAUGAUGUCUUCUGUGAUGCCUGGAAUGAUGAUGUCUCAUAUGUCUCAGGCUUCCAUGCAGCCUGCUUUACCGCCAGGAGUAAAUAAUAUGGAUGUAACAGCAGGUACAACAUCCGGUGCAAAAUCUAUGUGGACUGAACAUAAAUCACCUGAUGGAAGGACUUACUAUUAUAAUACUGAAACAAAACAGUCGACUUGGGAGAAACCAGAUGAUCUUAAAACACCAGCUGAGCAACUUUUAUCUAAAUGCCCUUGGAAGGAGUACAAAUCUGACUCUGGAAAGCCUUACUAUUAUAAUUCGCAAACAAAAGAAUCACGCUGGGCCAAACCUAAAGAACUUGAGGAUCUUGAAGGAUACCAGAAUACCAUUGUUGCUGGAAGUCUUAUUACAAAAUCAAACCUGCAUGCUAUGAUCAAAGCUGAGGAAAGCAGUAAGCAAGAAGAGUGCACCACAACAUCAACAGCCCCAGUUCCUACAACAGAAAUUCCGACUACAAUGAGCACCAUGGCUGCUGCAGAAGCAGCAGCAGCUGUUGUUGCUGCAGCAGCUGCAGCAGCAGCUGCAGCAGCUGCAGCUAAUGCCAGUGCUUCAACCUCUGCUUCUAAUACUGUGGGUGGAACUGUUCCAGUUGUUCCCGAGCCUGAAGUUACUUCCAUUGUUGCUACUGUUGUAGAUAAUGAAAAUACAGUAACAAUUUCAACUGAAGAACAAGCUCAACUUACUAGUACUCCUGCUGUUCAGGAUCAAAGUGAAGUAUCCAGUAACACUGGAGAAGAAACAUCUAAGCAGGAAACAGUAGCGGAUUUUACUCCCAAAAAAGAAGAGGAAGAAAGCCAACCAGCCAAAAAAACAUAUACGUGGAAUACAAAGGAGGAGGCAAAGCAAGCAUUUAAGGAAUUAUUGAAAGAAAAGCGGGUUCCAUCCAAUGCUUCAUGGGAGCAGGCAAUGAAAAUGAUCAUUAAUGAUCCACGAUACAGUGCGUUGGCAAAGUUGAGUGAAAAAAAGCAGGCCUUUAAUGCCUAUAAAGUCCAGACAGAAAAAGAAGAAAAAGAAGAAGCCAGAUCAAAAUACAAAGAGGCUAAAGAAUCCUUUCAGCGUUUUCUUGAAAAUCAUGAGAAAAUGACUUCCACAACCAGAUACAAAAAAGCAGAGCAGAUGUUUGGAGAAAUGGAAGUCUGGAAUGCAAUAUCAGAACGUGAUCGUCUUGAAAUCUACGAAGAUGUUUUAUUCUUUCUUUCAAAAAAAGAAAAGGAACAAGCGAAGCAGUUGCGAAAGAGAAAUUGGGAAGCCUUAAAGAACAUACUUGACAACAUGGCUAAUGUAACUUACUCUACUACUUGGUCUGAAGCCCAACAGUAUUUGAUGGAUAAUCCAACUUUUGCUGAAGAUGAGGAAUUACAGAACAUGGAUAAAGAAGAUGCAUUAAUUUGCUUUGAAGAACACAUUCGGGCAUUAGAAAAGGAAGAAGAGGAGGAAAAACAAAAGAGUUUGCUGAGAGAAAGGAGACGACAACGUAAAAAUAGAGAAUCUUUUCAGAUAUUUUUAGAUGAAUUGCAUGAACACGGACAACUGCAUUCGAUGUCAUCUUGGAUGGAAUUGUAUCCAACAAUUAGUUCUGAUAUUAGAUUCACUAAUAUGCUUGGUCAGCCGGGAUCAACUGCACUUGACCUUUUCAAGUUUUAUGUUGAGGAUCUUAAAGCACGUUAUCAUGAUGAGAAGAAGAUAAUAAAAGACAUUCUAAAGGAUAAGGGAUUUGUAGUUGAAGUUAAUACUACUUUUGAAGAUUUUGUGGCAAUAAUCAGUUCAACUAAAAGAUCAACCACAUUAGAUGCCGGGAAUAUUAAGUUGGCUUUCAAUAGUUUACUAGAAAAGGCAGAAGCCCGUGAACGUGAAAGAGAAAAAGAGGAGGCUCGGAAGAUGAAACGGAAAGAAUCUGCAUUUAAGAGUAUGUUGAAACAAGCUACUCCUCCAAUAGAGUUGGAUGCUGUCUGGGAAGAUAUCCGGGAGAGAUUUGUAAAAGAGCCAGCAUUUGAGGACAUAACUCUAGAAUCUGAAAGAAAGCGAAUAUUUAAAGAUUUUAUGCAUGUACUUGAGCAUGAAUGUCAGCAUCAUCAUUCAAAGAACAAGAAACACUCUAAAAAGUCUAAAAAACACCACAGGAAACGUUCCCGCUCUCGAUCAGGGUCAGAUUCAGAUGAUGACGACAGCCAUUCAAAGAAGAAGAGACAGCGAUCAGAGUCUCGUUCUGCUUCAGAACAUUCUUCUAGUGCCGAGUCUGAGAGAAGUUAUAAGAAGUCAAAAAAACAUAAGAAAAAAAGCAAGAAGAGGAGACAUAAAUCUGACUCUCCAGAGUCAGAUGCUGAACGAGAAAAGGAUAAAAAAGAAAAAGACCGGGAAAGCGAAAAAGAAAGAACUAGACAGAGAUCAGAAUCAAAGCACAAAUCGCCCAAGAAAAAGACUGGAAAGGAUUCUGGUAAUUGGGAUACUUCUGGCAGUGAACUGAGUGAAGGCGAAUUGGAAAAGCGCAGAAGGACCCUUUUGGAGCAACUGGAUGAUGAUCAAUAAAUUAUACCAAAUAUGUUUACAGUAUGAUUUAAAGUCUAAUUCAGACCAGGGACUCUAUUUUAAGUUCAAUUGAAAUGACACUGGGUUUUAAUUAUAUCACAGGGAGAAAAGUGCAUUUAAGUAUUGUUAUUGUGGACUUUAUAAAAGCAAAGGAAAUUGAAAAUAACAUUUGAUUCUGUAUCAAGAAUCAUAUUUUCAUAUGGUCAUAACUGUCUUUCUGUGACCCUUUCAUAGGGCACUGCAGGAUGGAUUAAAGGUGGCAAUUUAUUGAUAACUGCAGAUGUCUCUACUUUGUUCUAAAGUCUAAGUCAUUAGGUGAUUUGAUUUACUUUAUAGAAGUUGGAUUUUGAUGAUAUAAUGAAAAAAUUUUGAUAACUAGUAGUACAAAAAAAGCACCAGCAACUGACAAAACUGCUUUUUUGUGCACUACCCAACUGGUUAAAGCCAAUAUGAUCUUUUAUGGUGAACUCAGAAAUAGGUGUUCUUAAUGGAAACCUGGUAGACCCUUAACUAUAGUAGUGCUAAUGAGCACUACUAUAAUAAAGCCACCAUUAUUUUUUAUGAAACAUCUGAAUACAUUUUAAAAAGGCUAUUGUGAGGGCAUUAUUUUGAGGUGAUGUUUAAAAAGUUAACAUCAAAUCAAAUUGUAAAUUACUUUAAAUAUAUUGCCUUAAGGACCUACUAAAGAAUGUGCCACCAAACUUUAAGUGAUAGUUGCAAUAUCCUUGUCUAAAAACAAAAAUCAAUGUUGACUUAAACAUUUUCUUUAACAGUUGUCUUUUUUUAAUCCAAUCUUUCUCUUGCUUUUUUUUUUUUUUCUCCAUUGAGGAAGUCUUUUACCUUCCCUAUUCAUUGAGAAGCAUUGACUUCGUGGUACACAUUCUAAAGCAUUUCUGAUUUGAAUAUUUUUGUACAUUUUUAUCGAUUAUUAAACCUUCUCUUCUAG